AUUUUCUACCAAGAAAUUGAGAUUUCAUAUAGGGAUGUCAUUGAAUCUAUAGGUCAGUUUGGGCAGUAUUACCAUUUUAACAAUAUUAAGUCCUUUCAUCCAUGAACAUGGGAGGUUUUCCUAUUCAUUUCGAUCUACUUUAACUUCUUAUAACAAUGUUUUGUAGUUUUCAGAGUAUACAAUUUGGACUUUUUUUGGUUUGGGAGCCUCUGGGUUGUGGAGAGGCCCCAGGAGUUAUUGAGUUCACAGCUGAGUUGAGGCUGUGCCUCUGGAGCAGCCACAUGUGGCUGCAUAAGUGGCCAGCACACUGGCUGAGUCCCUCUCAGCAGGGGAUCCUAGCUGUGUCCACCAUCCAUGGCUUGGUCUUGGCUGCACUCUCCUACCCUCAUCUCCCCCAUCCUACCCUUGGCACUGGCCUCUAGGCCAUCUCAGUGCUGGUCAUCCAUGAAUCCCUGCUAGCCUAAAGGUCCACAAGUUUCCUUGAUGGUGCCAUCCUGAUAGAUAAACACGCUCCAUGACUCUGCAGGUAUUACCUUUGAUGUUCUUUGGAAUGGAGAAGGGUAACUACUCCCAUUUGGAGAUAUUCUGGUGAGGGUCUUCCCACAGCCCAGCUGCUUGGGCCCAGGAUCUCAGCAACAGUGAGAUGAUUUGUCCUCCCUCAAAGGUACCCUUUACCACCCUCUGUGGGUGGGAGGUCAGGUCAGAACCCUGGAGGGCCCAGAACCAUGCUCUCUGCCUUCAUCACAGACCCAGCUGCUGAGCUGGCUCCUUCUUUCUCUAGGACCUUGGCUUCACCCUGCGAUCUGACCUAAAUAGAGAGCCCAUGUCACUUUCCAGACACGUCUACGUAUGUGUAAAGUUCAACAGUGGAUCAGAUGGGGCCUUGGUCUCCCCUCAAAAACAGAGGAUGCUGGGAGACUCAGGAGAAGAGUCACUUCAUAUUACAUACAGGCUCCUACCCCUAAGGUAAUGUUGCACCAGAGCCACCUGGCUGACCCAGCUUCCUGUUCAACAUUCCCUGUGUCCCUUGUGAGCACUGGACGGGGCCACACGAGUCCUAGGCACUCCACUGAGGAAUCUGGCCUGGCACGACUGCCACCCAUAUGGACCAGGAGAAAGGUUGUUUCUUCUCCCAGGGAGAGGUGGCAGGAGUGGAGCCAGCUGUUGGGAGGAUCUGUCCUUAAGACCCACACAGAACUGGCCAAGUUGCUGCACAGCUGGACUGGGGAGUCUACCUGUGACGAGCCCCCAGGCCUGGCAGGUGGACUCAUAUUCUUGUCUGCCCUAUCCACCACCCCUUUCCUUGUCCACCCCACAGCUUGGCCCUUGCUUUGAGUGACACAUGCCUAGUGCAUACAGAUAAACCAACCUUGUCACAGCCUGGACAGCAGAAACAAGUGGCUGUCACCCCCCUAGACUGGGCUUCAUACUCCUAUUGAUAGCCCACAGGGAGGCCAGCAGAGUGAGGUAAUGAGAAGGGAAAUAUGGUCCAGAAAGAGGAAUGUGGUCCAGGCCUGAUGGAGCUGCUGGUAGUACCUACUUCUCUGGUCCUGCCUUCCUUGUCCUCUCACUCCUGCCCCUUUAAACCCCACAGUGACAGUAAACUCUUCACUGAUGUUGGUUAAAGAAAAUAUGGAAAAUACAGAAAAGUUAAAGGAAAAAAAGAAGAAAAAAAAUCAAUGUCACUGAUGACUGAACAACUCAGAGCCAACCACAGACACCAUUUGGGCAUCAAUCCUUCCAGUCUGUUACUCUAGACAUCUCUGGAGUAUUUUGGUGUAUACUUUCUGUGGCCAAUAUGGUCAUAGUCAAUAUACAAUUUCAAAUUCUGCCUUCUCAAGUUAUUAAAUCACAUUAGCCUCUUCCCAAGUACUGAUGACAACAGUUGACACAAUGGGUUUUCCCUGUUUUAACCUUCGUUAGAGCAGUUAACCCUCACUACAACCCUAUGAGAUAAGUACUAUCAUUAUGCAGAUUUUACUGAUGGAAAAACUGAGGUCCAGAGAAGUCAAGCAAUUCUCCCAAGGUCACACAGCUCAAAAGUGGCAGUGCUGGGAUUGAAACCCAGCAGCCUGUCUCAGAGCCACUACACUAAGACAUUGGCUGCUUUAGAGUCUUAGGGAGCAUGAUAUUAUUGACCAUGUAGUGUAUAUUAUAUUCUGUAUAUGUAACAUUCCUUCUUCACCCAUUCCCUUUAGUUGUAUUGAGAUGAGGCUAUUGUCAACAAGGCUAUAGAACACUCACCAUGUAAACCACUUUUUGUGUGUCUUGGAUGAUCUCCCAGACCAAAUUUCUCAGUCAAAGGAGCAGUUUUAAGACUCUUGCUCUAUGUUCUUCAGUGACCUUAGGAAAGGCUGCAUUAUUCAUAUGCCUACUAUCAGAGGAUGAAGGCUCCUACUUUGCCAACAGGGAAGAUCUUUCAGGGAGGGGAUGCUGAUGUGCCAACCAAGAUCUCAGGCUGCAGUGGUCAGGAAGGUCCCCAAGCCACAUCAGCACGUGAGAAUUUUGUAGAAAAUGGUUUGAGGACCAUUUCCACAAUUCCCGUACCCCUCAGCCACUCAAGAGAGUGUGGAGGGGGAAGGAGUUAGGUGAGAGAUGUUCUUUGGACAGGGAUGUUGUCUUGUUGUGAAUUCUCACCCCACUUUCUUCCCCUCAAGCUAGGGAAUUCUUUUUCAUGAGACCAUCGGGGAGGCUGAUAGGUGCUGCCCACCGUGAGGAGGCUCAGCCAACUGGAGCCUGACUCCACCCAAAGGAAAUACAGCAGCUUGUGACCAUAUAGAGUAGGAUAGAGGGGCUGUAAUGAGAUGGGCUGUGGCCCUGCUAGGGCAGGCAAAGGAUGUUGGAAGUUUGCCCAGGUAGACUCUGCAGAAUUGGGGUGGGGGAGGUGUCACCUUGGGCCCUCAGAGGGGCACAGGGCCCAGGAAGCAAUGUUAGGCAGAGAAUGCCACAUUCCUUAAGACUGAGGAAGGGACACAGGAUGGAAACUGGGGGAGAGGAGUCCUGAGGAAAGGGCAUUUCUGAAGAAUUCACAAAACUGGCCAUGAGAAAAGGAGUGAGAAUUAACCAUCUGCCAGGCCUACAGAGCAGGAGGCCAGGGAUCAAGUAAGAACAGUGCUGGUCCCCUGAGCUUUCCCCUCUGCUGAUUCUAUCCUGCUGGGGAGAGGAAUCAAAGGAGCCCAGCACAUCCCUUUUUCUCAAAGGUGGGACAGGACUCCAGGCUUUGGUGGGAGAUAGGGAGGGGACCAGAAUUACUUUUGAAUGAAGAUGGAACUGCCCUCUUCUCCCUCUCACGUGCUCUUGCAGCUCCAGAUUUCAGAUAGGUCUCCCCCUUGGCCUGGAUGACUCCUCAGCCUUCACCUAGAAGACUGGAUCUUCUCCAGGGAACCUUUCUUCCCUGCUCACCAUCACCGGGCUCUGGACUCCACACCCAAAUCAUGAUUGCUUCCAGAUCCAGCUGCCCCAGCGGGAUGGUGAGCCUGUGAAGGCAGCGACCAUGUAGGAAGGCAGCUGUGCUUGCCAGGCACCAGCAGCACAUGUUAGCAACCACACAGGAUGGCUCCCCAGGACUGCUACACCUGCACUCAGACCACUGCUCCAUCACAGCCCUGGCUGAGAAAGUCAAGAUGUGUGAGGAAGUGUGAGGGGAUGCCUGGAGAAGAGACUGGACAAAGCAGAGGGGAGCAGGGGAGCCUGAGGCCUUUGAAUCCACAGGGAGGAAACCUAGGGUCUAGCGACCAGGGCCCAGGUGUUCUGCCCCAACCUUAGCACCUAUUGUGUGCCCAAAGCUUGACUCACACUAUCUCAACAUUAUGAUCAUUGCGCAGAUGAGCAAUCUUUGCAGGGAUUGCAGGCUGGUCAGUUUUUUGAAGAGCCAAGAUCAUCUAGAUCAUCUGUGGUGACCUGUCACCCCAAGGCAGAGACAAAGCUAUGGGCUGGUCACACUAUGCACAAUUUCUCCCAUCUCCAUACCUGCUCUUGGUGACCGAAGGAAAAUACAAGUAGGACUGCCCAGUACUCACACGCCACAUACACAGCUCUUAUCUGACAUCUGCGGUACAGACAUCAUCACAGCCCGUGGCAGGAGCUAGAAAGCUGGAGCAUGAGUUGGAUUCUGUACCUGAGCCUCGCCAUCCACCUGGUGGUGCAGACAGCCCUGGGUGCCUUGUACACCAAGAAGCCUCUAGUGGUUACAGAAUAUGGGACCCUCCAAGGAAAGCAGAUGCAAGUGGGAAAGACACACAUCAAUGUCUUCCUAGGAGUCCCAUUCUCCAGACCUCCUGUGGGUGCCCGCAGAUUUGCUGCCCCAGAACCCCCAGAGCCCUGGGAAGGAAUCAGAGAUGCCACCACCUAUGCCCCUGUGUGCCUUCAGGAGUCCUGGGGGCAGAUGGCUUCCAUGUACUUCAACAUGCACAAAACUUACAAGUUGCUGCAGUUCAGUGAGGACUGUCUGUACCUGAAUGUGUACGCACCUGUGCGUGAGCAUGGGGACCCUCUGCUUCCGGUGAGUACUGUGCCUUCAACCACGCACCUUCCCACUCGGGCACCCCACUGUCCCACUCAGGCCUCAGCCCUUUUCGCCCAGGUGAUGGUAUGGUUCCCUGGAGGCGCCUUCCUUGUGGGCUCCGCUUCCGCGUAUGAUGGCUCCGAAUUGGCGGCCCGCGAGAAGGUGGUGGUGGUGCCUCUGCAGCACAGGCUCGGCAUCCUGGGCUUCCUUAGCACGGGCGACAGCCAGGCCCGCGGAAACUGGGCCCUACUGGACCAGAUUGCAGCUCUACGCUGGGUACAGAAGAAUAUCGCAGCCUUUGGCGGAGACCCAGGCUGCGUGACACUGUUCGGCCAGUCAUCAGGGGCCAUGUGCAUCUCGGGACUGAUGACAUCACCCCUAGCCCAGGGUCUCUUCCAUCGGGCCAUUUCCCAGAGCGGCACCGCAGUACUCAAAGUCUUCAUCACUCCUGAUCCACUGAAGGUGGCCAAGAAGAUUGCCCGUCUGGCAGGCUGCAGCCACAACAGCACAAAGAUUCUGGUGGACUGCCUGAGGGCACGAUCAGGGGCCGAGAUGAUGCAUGUGUCCAAGAAAAUGAGAUUCUUCCAUAUGAAUUUCCAGGAAGACCCUCAAGAGAUUGUGUGGUUCAUGAGCCCCGUGGUGGACGGCGUGGUGUUCCUAGACAAUCCUGUGGAGCUCCUGACCCGGGGGCAGGUUGCACCUGUGCCCUACCUUUUGGGUGUCAACAGCGUGGAGUUCAGUUGGGUCUUGCCUUUUAUCAUGAAGUUCCCACUAAACAAGCACUGGAUGAGAAAAGAAACCAUCACGAAGUUGCUCUGGAGUACCAGCACCCUGUUGAAUGUCACCAAGGAGCAGUUACCAUUGGUGGUGAAGGAGUACCUGGCUGAUAUCGAUGACCAUGACUGGAAGAGGUUACGAAACCACGUGAUGGACCUAGCUGGGGACGCUACCUUUCUGUACUCCACAUUGCAGGCUGCCCGCUACCAUCGCAAUGCCGGCUUCCCUGUCUACAUGUAUGAGUUCAAACACCAUGCCCCCAGCAUCAUUAUCAAACCCCGCACUGAUGGGGCAGACCACGGGGAUGAGAUGCACUUCAUCUUUGGCAUAGUCCUCUCCAAAGGCUAUUCCUCAAGGAAGGAGAAGGCGCUGAGCCUCUGGAUGAUGAAAUAUUGGGCCAACUUUGCCCGCACAGGAAACCCCAAUGGUAAAAAGCUGCCCUACUGGCCACGCUACGACAGAGAUGAGAAGUACUUGCAGCUGGAUUUAACCACAAGGGUGGAUGAAAAGCUCAAGGAGGAGAAGAUGGCCUUUUGGAUGAGGCUGCACCAGCAUGAAGGACCUGAGAAGCAGGGCAGUUCUGAGGGUGGCUCUGCAGGAGGGAGCCUUAGGGAUUGUCCCACCACCCAGGCCUUGGGGAAACUGGCCACAGACACAUCUAGGACAAGUGUCAUGCCCUCCCCAUGAGCCUCCCGGAGGCUCCCUGUUGCUUCCAGGUCAGAGGCAGAGCCUUAGUCUGUUUGGGGCCCUGAACCAUUCCCUUCAGCCUGACAUCCCAUGAUGCUCACCUGUCUCACUGACCAUCAGGUUAGUCCAGGCCCUUUCACUGCCAUACUGUGGGCUACCAGUUCUCAGAACAAAUGCUUCUCUCCCUUCUCCAAAUCCUUCCACCCAUUAAGGUCAACUUGAAGCCACUUCUUAUGGGAAGUCCACCCAGAAUGCCACUGCCCCUAUCAUUACACCAGCUUGGAUUUACUAUUCAUCUCACUCAACCUUGUGCCUGUUCACAUUGGCCUGAGCCCUUGGGCAGGUUAUAUGUUACAAGAAGUGAAGUUUUGAUAGCUUGAGAUCUUCUCCCCCUUCCUACACAUCUCCCGCAGGGCUCCUCCAAAGCCAGGGAUGGUCCUCAAUAAAAACAUGUUGACUUGCCCUGAAUUUCUCCUUCUGUAAAAUGGAUGGAUGAACCACAUGGUUUCUCUAUUUGAACCCUCAGAGGAAGGGAGCAUUGCUGCCUUCUCCUUGUCGGGCUGAGCCUGCUAUUCUACACUCAGUCAAGGGGAGCUGCCGCAAAGUUGCCUGCACUGCAGAGCACUUAGUUAUUUUUCUUUAUUGUGUCAAGUGCACCGCUCCGGACAUCCACACUCCGUGCUCACUUGUCCACUGGAUUAGGUUUUGGUGCUGCAUCCAGAUUCCUCACUCUCUGGCCUCUCUUGCAGCCUGACCUGGGCAUACCCCAGCCUGUCCCACAGGUUUUUUUUUGGGGGGAGGUUGUGUGGUAAAAUGUACGUAACAUAAUAUUUACCAUUUUAACUAUUUUAAUUUGUGACA